GUUGGUGACAAUGGGUUAGGUGGUGUAACUUUUUUUUUUUUUGUAAAAUUUUCCUAUUUAAAUCCAACAAACGAAGCCUAAUAGUCACCCCGCUCCUCUUAGUUUCUCUUUGUAUUUGUUCCUUCCAAAGUAGCCAAUAGCAGCAGCUGAAGCCAUGUCUCUCCUCAAUGAUCUUAUCAAUCUCAACCUCAGUGAGACCACUGAAAAGAUCAUAGCUGAAUAUAUAUGGAUUGGUGGAUCUGGUAUGGACUUGAGGAGCAAAGCAAGGACUUUGCCCGGACCAGUGGCGGACCCUGCAAAACUCCCCAAAUGGAACUACGAUGGAUCCAGCACGAACCAGGCCCCCGGAGACGACAGUGAAGUCAUUCUAUACCCUCAGGCGAUAUUCAAAGAUCCGUUUAGGAGAGGGAACAACAUCUUGGUGAUGUGUGAUGCAUACACCCCAGGCGGCGACCCCAUUCCCACCAACAAGCGAUUCAAGGCUGCCAAGAUCUUUAGUCACCCUGAGGUUGUCCCUGAGGAACCAUGGUAUGGCAUCGAGCAAGAAUACACUCUCCUUCAAAAGGACGUUAAGUGGCCUCUUGGAUGGCCAGUUGGAGGGUUUCCCGGACCACAGGGUCCAUACUACUGUGGAGUAGGGGCUGACAAGUCCUUUGGCCGGGACAUUGUGGAUUCCCAUUAUAAAGCUUGCGUUUAUGCUGGCAUAAACAUCAGUGGAAUCAACGGUGAAGUUAUGCCGGGUCAGUGGGAAUUCCAAGUUGGUCCAGCGGUUGGAAUAGCUGCAGGGGAUCAAUUAUGGGUUGCUCGAUACAUACUUGAGCGAAUCACUGAAAUCGCAGGAGUGGUUCUUUCUUUCGAUCCCAAACCCAUUCAGGGUGACUGGAAUGGUGCUGGCGCUCACACGAACUACAGCACCAAGUCAAUGAGAAAUGAUGGCGGCUUCCAUGUGAUCAAGAAGGCGAUUGAGAAGUUGGGUUUGCGCCACAAGCAGCACAUUGCUGCCUAUGGAGAGGGUAAUGAAAGACGCCUGACCGGUCGUCAUGAGACUGCUGAUAUCAACACGUUCUGUUGGGGAGUUGCUAACAGAGGAGCCUCCAUCCGUGUUGGCCGUGACACUGAGAAAGCUGGAAAAGGCUACUUCGAAGACAGAAGGCCAGCGUCCAACAUGGAUCCCUACGUUGUGACAUCAAUGAUCGCUGAAACCACCAUUCUCUGGAAGCCUUAGAGGCUUCCAGAAAACAAACGAACUGGAGCUUUGAAGGAUCAGAUUAAAAAAUCUACAUAAUAACCCUCUUAUCUUCUUUGUUGAGAGAGUGGGUGAACUUGUGUUUUAUUGCUUUGAAUUGCUCCGGGUUGCCACUUAAAUUGUGUUGUUUUAUCCUUUUAGUUAUAGUCAUUUGCUUCUGCUGAUUGUUCGAACAAACCAACUUAUGGUCUGUUAAAUAAAAUUUAAAUUGUGGCAUGAGUAUGCCAUCAAAUAAGGCCUUUUUACGAAGGCUUUGGCAUCAACUCGAGUUCACCAGCCACUGGGGCCUUCACGAUAGAACUUGCUGAUGAAAUUGAAAGAUAAUCGUAACAAGUUAAGACACGGACAUUUGACACCCAGAGAUCCCUUUACGACAAUAUUAUAAGGUGCCAACAUCAAGUAAUUGGUUGCUUGGCAGCCUUUACACUAUAGAGAUGGUUGCAAGCAACAUUCUGAAAGAUACCAACAUCAUUGGUAUUCAAGAAUUCGAAACUUCCGGUGACGCAUAUUAUUUCUAUUCAAAGAGUUUGAUUUAAAUAUUUCAUCCUCAAUAUAUAUAAAAAAAAUGAAGAGAAAAAUCGUUACUUCUCUAUCUCUUUUGGCUAUCAAAUAUUUCUUGGUCUUGGGUGUG